CCAAGCCAAGCCUGCCCUGAAUCCCUCUGGGUCUGGGAUUAUGGUGACUUACUCUGUGUGGUCUCUCGCAGGGUGAUUGUGAGCCUGGGAGAUGGCAGUGAUGGAGAUGGCCUGUCCGGGGGCCCCUGGCUCAGCGGUCGGUCAGCAGAAGGAGCUUCCCAAAGCCAAGGAGAAGGUGCAGGCCGUGGGGAAGAGUCAAAGCUCAGUGUGGAAGCUCGAGGCCUCAGAGAAGAGCCCCGUGUACUGCGGGAAGUGGGACAUCCUGAACGACGUGAUCACCAAAGGCACAGCCAAGGAAGGCUCUGAGGGAGGGCUGGCCGCCAUCUCCAUCAUCGCCCAGGCCGAAUGUGAGAAUAGCCAAGAGUUCAGUCCCACCUUUUCAGAACGAAUUUUCAUCGCUGGAUCCAAACAGUACAGCCAAUCUGAGAGUCUUGAUCAAAUCCCCAACAAUGUGGCCCAUGCAACUGAGGGCAAAAUGGCCCCCGUCUGUUGGAAGGGAAAGAGGCGCAGCAAAUCCCGGAAGAAACGGAAGAAGAAGAGCACCAAGACCCUGGCUCAGGCUGGAGUGGCCUUGGCCAAGCCGCUCCCCAGGACCCCUGAGCAGGAGAGCUGCACAGUCCCCGUGCAGGAAGAUGAGUCCCCACUGGGUUCUUCAUAUGUUACAAACACCCCCCAGUUCAUCAAGCCUCUGAAGGAGCCAGACCUUGGCCAACUGUGUUUUAAAAAACUUGGGGAGGGCCUGCGGCCAACUCUUCCUCGAUCAGAAUUCCACAAGCUCAUCAGCCCCCUGCAGUGUCUGAACCACGUGUGGAAAGUCCAUCACCCCCAGGAUGUGGGCCCUCUGCUCCAGCGUGCUCACCCCUUCUACAACAAACUGCCCCAUCCCUUCCCAUUCCACCCUCUCCAGCCCUGGAAACCUCAGCCUCUGGAGUCCUUCCUAAGCAAACUGGCAUGUGCGGACAGACCACGGCCCCUGCCUGGCCCACACCUGGGCAAACUGGCCUGUGUAGACAUUCAGAAACCCCUGCCUCACCCACCCCUGCAGCCCAGCUGCCCAUCCCACGGCGUCACCCGUGAGAAGUUCUCUGUGGAGGAAUACCUAGUACAUGCUCUACAGGGCAGCGUAAGCUCAGGCCAGGCCCACAGCCUCGCCAGCCUGGCCAAGACCUGGACAGCAGGGGGCCCCAGGCUGAGGGGACCCAGCCCCGAAACAGAGGACAGCGAAGGGGUCCUGCUUAAUGAGAAACUCAAACCGGUGGAUUAUGAGUACCGAGAGGAUGUCCACUGGGCCACACACCAGCCCCGCCUGGGCAGAGGCUCCUUUGGAGAGGUACACAGGAUGGAGGACAAGCAGACUGGCUUCCAGUGUGCUGUCAAAAAGGUACGGAUAGAAGUGUUUCGGGCCGAGGAGUUGGUGGCAUGUGCAGGAUUGACCUCACCCAGGAUUGUCCCUUUGUACGGAGCCGUGAAGGAAGGCCCUUGGGUCAGCAUUUUCAUGGAGCUGUUGGAAGGUGGCUCACUAGGCCAGCUCAUAAAGCAGAAGGGGUGUCUGCCGGAGGAUCGGGCCCUGUUCUACCUGGGCCAGGCCUUGGAGGGGCUGGAAUACCUGCACACUCGAAGGAUUCUGCAUGGAGAUGUCAAAGCUGACAACGUGCUCCUGUCCAGCGAUGGGAGCCGUGCGGCCCUCUGUGACUUUGGCCAUGCUGUGUGCCUUCAACCCAAUAGCCUGGGAAGGUCCUUGCUCACAGGGGACUACAUCCCUGGCACGGAGACCCACAUGGCUCCAGAGGUGGUGCUGGGCAAGCCCUGUGACAUGAAGGUGGAUGUCUGGAGCAGUUGCUGCAUGAUGCUACACAUGCUCAAUGGCCGCCACCCUUGGACCCAGUACUUCCUCGGGCCGCUCUUCCUUCAGAUUGCCAGUGAACCCCCACCUGUGAGGGAGAUCCCACCUUCCUGUGCCCCUCUCACCGCACAGGCCAUCCAGGAGGGGCUGAGGAAAGAGCCCAGCCACAGGCCCUCGGCGGUGGAGUUGGGGGGCACAGUCAGCCUGGCCCUGCAACAAGUGGGAGGUCUGAAGAGCCCUUGGAAGGGAGAAUACAAAGAACCAAGACAUCUGCUGCCAAACCAAGCAAACUAUCACCAGACCCUACGCGCCCAGCCAAGGGAGUUCUUGACAGCGGCCCCAGGGCCCCAGCCAGCUGAGACCGUGGGCAGCGGUCCGAAGCUCCAGCCUCCUCUACCGCCAGAGCCCCCAGAGCGGAACAAGUCCCCGACCCUGAACUUGAGCAAGGAGGAGUCUGGGACAUGGGAACCUUUGCCUCUGUGCUCCCUGGACCCAGCCCCUGCCAAAAGCCCCAGCUCACCAGAACGCAGGGCCACCUUCCCCGAGCAGGAGCUGCAGCAGCUGGAGCUAGAAUUAUUUCUGAACAGCUUGUCCCAGCCAUUCUCUCUGGAGGAACAAGAGCAGAUCCUGUCAUGCCUCAGCAUCGACAGCCUCUCCCUGUCAGAUGACAGUGAAAAGAAUCCAUCAAAGGCCUCUCAGAGCUCACGGGGCACCCUGAGUUCUGGUAUACACUCGUGGAGCAGCCAGGCAGAGGCCCGCAGCUCCAGCUGGAACAUGGUGCUGGCCCGGGGCCGACCCACAGACAUCCCGAGACAUUUCAAUGGUGUCAAAGUACAAAUACAGUCUCUGAACGGGGAGCACCUGCAUAUCCGGGAGUUCCACCGGGUCAAGGUGGGAGACAUCGCCACUGGCAUCAGCAACCAGAUCCCAGCCACAGCCUUCAGCUUGGUGACCAAGGAUGGGCAGCCUGUGCACUAUGACAUGGAGGUGCCAGACUCCGGUAUCGACCUACAGUGCACCCUGGCCCCUGAUGGCAGCUUUGCUUGGAGCUGGAGAGUCAAGCAUGGCCAGCUAGAGAACAGGCCCUAG